AGAGACUACGAGUGUCUGUCAUUACUUAGACAACAACAAGAUGGAGGCAUCCAGCAAGAAGGCGGCGAUUCUGUUGGGAUUGAUGGUGGCGAUCGCUUGCUGCGCCGAUGCACAGACCAUAUGCAACAUGACCUACUCGGAGCUGAUGGCCUGCAAGCCGGCCGCGACGCCGCCGAACCCGCCACCGCCCACGAGCGAGUGCUGUGCAGGGCUCUCGCACGCGGACUUGAAGUGCUUCUGCCAGUACAAGAACUCGACGAUCUUGCCCUCGAUCGGGGUCGACCCGAAGCUCGCGAUGGAGCUCCCCAGCAAGUGCAAGAUCCCUAAUGCGCCCACAUGCUGAUCGCAUCGCAUUGUGCGGGUGCGUGUGGGGUUGGAGAGAAAGUACUAGCCCAAAGCUUUACAAUAAUGCAUAUCAUGUAGUAUGCUUUUUCUUUAAGUGCUUAAUCUCUGUGUGCUUUGUAUAAUUAAUACACCCUUUUAUGAGCUCUUGCUCACUCUAUGGAUACCAGCUUAUAAUAUUC